CUUAAAUCCUUAUUCAUUUUCACACCUCACCUCACUUCACUCACAUCGUUCGCAUCGAAUCGAAUCGAAAAUUUCCGCCGUUGCUGCCGCCAUGCAAUCCCUCAACUACACCGCGCUCCGCCCCUCCCCUCUCGAGCCUCUCCGCUACACCGGAGGUGCCAGGCUCCCCGCCAAAAAGAAGCUCCAAUUCAAAGUUUCCGCCUCCGCGGCGCCGAAGCGGGAGACGGACCCGAAGAAGCGUGUUGUGAUCACGGGAAUGGGGCUGGUUUCGGUGUUCGGGAACGAGGUUGACGCCUACUACGAGAAGCUGCUCAGCGGCGACAGCGGAAUUUCGCUGAUUGACAGAUUCGAUGCGUCUAAGUUCCCCACGCGCUUCGGCGGUCAGAUUCGGGGCUUCAAUUCGGAGGGCUACAUUGACGGGAAGAAUGACCGGAGAUUGGAUGACUGCUUGAGGUAUUGCAUUGUCGCCGGUAAGAAGGCGCUCGAUGGCGCAGAUCUUGGCGGGGAGAAGAUCAAUAAGAUUGAUAAGAUCCGAGCUGGUGUUCUGGUCGGGACGGGAAUGGGUGGUCUUCAAGUAUUCUCUGAUGGUGUUCAGGCUCUAAUAGAGAAAGGCCACAGGAAAAUAACUCCGUUUUUCAUACCUUAUGCUAUAACAAACAUGGCCUCUGCUUUGCUUGCUAUUGAUCUUGGCUUGAUGGGACCCAACUAUUCGAUUUCCACUGCUUGUGCCACCUCGAAUUAUUGUUUCUAUGCGGCAGCCAACCAUAUCCGUCGGGGGGAAGCUGAUUUGAUGAUUGCUGGUGGAACUGAAGCUGCAAUUAUUCCUAUCGGAUUAGGUGGUUUUGUUGCUUGCAGAGCAUUGUCGCAGAGAAACGACGACCCACAAACUGCUUCGAGGCCCUGGGACCAAGAGCGAGAUGGUUUUGUUAUGGGUGAAGGCGCUGGAGUUUUGGUGAUGGAAAGUUUGGAUCACGCGAUGAAACGAGGGGCACCAAUCAUUGCUGAAUAUUUGGGUGGUGCAGUGAAUUGUGAUGCGUAUCAUAUGACAGAUCCUAGAGCUGAUGGACUUGGAGUCUCGUCGUGUAUUCACAAGGCACUUGAAGACUCGGGCGUUUCACCCGAAGAGGUUAACUACAUAAAUGCACAUGCCACUUCCACGAUCGUGGGUGAUCUUGCCGAACUAAAUGCAAUUAAGAAGGUGUUCAAGAACACUUCUGGGAUCAAAAUCAAUGCAACUAAGUCGAUGAUAGGGCACUGUCUUGGUGCUGCUGGUGGUUUGGAAGCUAUUGCAACUGUAAAAGCAAUUACAACGGGGUGGCUUCAUCCGACCAUAAACCAAUUUAACAAAGAGCCCUCUGUAGAUUUUGACACUGUUGCAAAUGAAAAACAGCAGCAUGACAUCAAUGUUGCAAUCUCGAAUUCCUUUGGAUUUGGAGGUCACAACUCUGUUGUCGCGUUUUCUGCAUUCAAACCAUGAUCUGGAUCGAGCCUCCAACCGAGUUGCUUGCAGUCCGUCAGUGGCUUCCUCGUCUCACUGUACUAGUCUCUCUCCUACGGUAUUUCGGGCCGGGCUUAUACUAGCCUAAAUGGGCAGUAAGCUCUGAGUUUUCGAGAAUUAGUAUUCCAAAGUGCGUUUAGUUUAACCUCUUCUUGAAUACAUAAUUUUUGCUUCAAUCUUGUAGCAACAGCUCUCUUUUGUAAUUGUAUGUACCUUUCUUCUUCAACAACUAUUCAAACUUUCUCAUGUUUCCGAGACCAUUUUCA